UGCAGAUGGACGAUGGAUACCCAUUAUUGUCCUGGUAAUGGGUAUCCAUUGCAUCUCUGAAACUUUUUUACAGAGAAAUUAAACAAACAAAUUUACCUUUGUUUUAGUUGUAUGAAAUAUUCAUGCAGUUAACCCUUGAGCGCGUCUCUUCACAUGUGCUACGAACUCAUGAGUUUUGCCUGAUUGCCUAUAUAAACUGAAGUGGGCUAAACAAAAAAAAAAAUACAGACUCUCGCUGCCAUUAGCUAGCCAGCAUUCUCUCAUGGAGUUCUUCGUAUCGUGUGUGCUUUGUAUCAUCGGUUUCUUUACUUUGUCCCUGCUCUGGAGGUUGGUUACCCAAUGGAGAGAUGGGGAGUGCUAUAUAAUGCACUAUGAGUGCUUCAAGCCAAAUGAUGAUAGGAAGCUGGACACCAAGUUAUGCGGCGACAUCAUCCUACGCAACGAGAGUCUUGGGUUGGACGAUUACAAGUUUCUGUUGAAGGUAAUUGUCAACUCCGGCAUCGGUGAAGAGACAUACGGGCCCAGAAAUAUCAUACAAGGCCGAGAGGAAUGCCCAACCCUUGGGGAUGGGAUCCUGGAGAUGGAGGAGUUCUUCUUCGACACCCUCGAUAAGCUGUUUUGCAAGACGGGACUCUCUCCGUCGCAGAUCGACGUGCUUGUCGUCAACGUAUCCAUGCUUGCUCUGCAACCUUCUCUUACGACAAGGGUUGUCAACCAUUUCAAGAUGAGGGAGGACGUCAAGGUGUAUAACAUAUCGGGAAUGGGAUGCAGUGCCAGCCUCAUUUCCAUCAAUCUCGUCCAAAACAUCUUCAAAUCCUACAACAAGGCAUUUGCUCUGGUCGUGACAUCGGAAGCUAUCGGACCCCACUGGUACACGGGUAACGAUAGAUCCAUGAUUUUGUCCAAUUGUUUAUUCCGAUCGGGCGGGUGUUGUAUACUUCUGACCAACAAUCCCAGUCUAAGACAUAGAGCCAUGUUUCGAUUGAAGUGCCUUGUAAGGACGCAUCUCGGCGCCAGCGACGACGCCUACGAAUGCGCGAUGCAGCGGGAAGAUGCCAAGGGAAGAGCAGGGUUUUACCUGGGCAAGAAUCUCCCCAAAGCAGCCAGUCGAGCCAUGGUGGAAAACCUCAGAGUAAUAUCAACCAAGAUAUUGCCCCUAAGAGAACUGCUACGAUACCUACUCGUAUCACGCCUCCUUCCUCGACCACCCAAGAAGGGUGGAGUACUCAAAGCAUCAUCAUCAAGCUUAAACUUCAAGACCGGAGUCCAGCAUUUCUGUCUCCACACCGGUGGAAAGGCGGUUAUCGACGGGGUGGGGAAGAGUCUGGGGCUGACAGAGCACGAUCUAGAGCCAGCAAGGAUGACUCUGCAUCGGUUCGGAAACACGUCAGCCAGCAGUCUCUGGUAUGUUCUGGCAUACAUGGAGGCGAAGAGGAGGCUGAAGAAAGGAGACAGAGUGCUGAUGAUGAGCUUUGGGGGAGGAUUCAAGUGCAACAGUUGCUUGUGGGAAGUGGUUAGAGAUUUGGAGGGUGACAAUGUGUGGAAGGACUGCAUCGCCACUUACCCUCUAAAUUCUCUGGUCAACCCAUUUAUGGAGAAAUUUGGUGAGAUCAACCACUACACAGAGGAGACCUUUACAAUUGAAGCUUUCCGCUCUUCUCUUCAACCAAUUUAAUAUAUAUCAAUUCUCUUCCAUCUCUUUUUCCCCUUAUACUUAUUUGUGAGGUAGACCUACCUCGACAUAUUGUCCAAGUAUGGUGUUGUUUGGUUAAUAAAUUUGUAUUAGUAUUAUUAAUUCGUUCAAAUGAAUUAAUUCCCUCCUUCCGAUGGC